CACGAGAUGCUAAUGUUUAUGCUACAUGUUACAUCAAUGCUUCUUAGGAAACGUGCCCUCUAAUCCAGCAAUGACACACGCACGUCCAUGGCGGGACUUCUGAAGAAACAGUUGAAGGAUGCAGUGAAGGUAAUUGGCUCUGGGAGUCUUCUCUUUGCAUCCUAUCUCACAGUCGUUGGAGAUGAGCCCUUUUAUGCCAACCAGCUCAUGCCAUUGCUGCAAAGGAUUGUGGGAGCAGAGACUGCCCAUGUUCUUGCUGUGAAAGUAAUUAGCCUGGGUCUGGUCCCCAUAAACCGCUACCAAGACCCCCCCUCACUACAGACAAAUGCGUUUGGUUUAAAGUUUAAAAACCCAGUAGGCAUUGCAGCAGGCUUUGACAAACAUGGAGAGGCUGUGGAUGGUCUUUACAAAAUGGGAUUUGGCUUUGUGGAAGUGGGGUCCAUCACACCAAAGCCUCAGGAGGGUAACCCCAAACCACGUGUGUUUCGACUCACAACUGACCAAGCCAUUAUAAACAGAUAUGGAUUUAAUAGUUGUGGGCUUAUUGAAGCACAGCAAAGACUCAAAGUGAGAGAAGCCACACAGAUAGAACAGACUAGAGUUGGCCACCCUCUAGGCAUUAACCUGGGUAAGAACAAGCUGUCCCAGGACGCAGGGGCGGAUUACCAGGAAGGCGUGAAAGCACUGGGACCCCUGGCUGACUAUUUGGUGGUCAAUGUGAGCAGCCCCAAUACACCAGGUCUCAGAAACUUGCAAGGAAAAUAUGAGUUACGCCAUCUCCUCAGUAUGGUGUUGAAGGAACGGGACGCCCUGCGGGGAGAGCACAAACCGCCCGUCCUGGUCAAAAUUGCCCCUGACCUCAGCUCUCAGGACAAACGUGACAUUGCUGAUGUAGUCAUUGAGUUGGGGGUUGAUGGUUUGAUGGUCUCCAACACAACAGUGACCAGACCAGAUACACUACAGGCCCCAGAGCGGGCUGAGGUGGGAGGACUCAGUGGUCAGCCUCUGAAGGAACUGUCCACACAAACAGUGAGAGAGAUGUACAGCCUCACUAAAGGUAAAGUGCCCAUCAUUGGUAUUGGUGGUGUGGCAAGUGGACAGGAUGCAUUAGAUAAGAUCCGAGCGGGCGCCUCGCUGGUUCAGUUUUAUACUGCUCUGGCUUACCAGGGUCCUCCAGUGGUGACCAAGAUCAAGCGAGAACUAGAACAACUUCUUCUGGAGCAGGGCUUCAACUCUGUGGCAGAGGCAGUAGGAGCGGAUCACCGGACAACGGCAUCGGCUCAAAGGCAAACCUCUGUGUUUAAGGAGACGUUUACAGUUAAAACAGACAUCACAAAACCUUCAGCUGCUGUUGAACAGCUAACAUAAUACAUGAUCUACUUGGGACCUUCUACCUGUCAGAGUACUUGUCCAUCCACUGUGCAUUACCAGAUGAGCCACUGCAUGUUCAGUAUUUACUGUGGCAGAUAAGGAGUCCAUCCAUUGUCCGUCCAAGCAAAACUGAUAAAUGUAAUGCGCUAACCGGUAUUUCAGCUGUGAAUUACACACACUGAAUGAUAAAGUGUGUGACGGCUCUAAUGUACCUUACCAUGAACCCUACAACAUUAUUUACUAUUUAAGUUCUUCUGGUGUAACAACAAUAAACAUUUGCCAAGUGUUUUAUGACACUGAAGGCUUUCACUCACCCUCAGGCUGUUCUGACAAUAUUAAACAAAGAACCAUUAGGCUUUGUGAUUCUGAAACAUAAUCCAUACAAAUAACACGCUCCAAUGGUGCCAAUAAAAUACUUUUUUCAUUUGUUCUUCUAA